CAACAAGAGAAAACACAGGUGAACUAGCAGCAUGAGAUUCUCAUCAGCCUGGACAGCACUCUGCUUCCUUCUGAUUAAUGAAGCCUCAAAAGAAUGCACAGCAAAGAAACUGGGCAGCAGCACUGGAAGAUUUGCCAAUGCCACCUUAGUGCGACUGACAGAAUUUUUGAGUGUCGGUUAUAAGAAAGGAGUGAGACCAGUGAAAGACUGGAACACCCCUACUAAUGUGGAAAUUGACCUCAUGGUAUACUCUAUCCUUAAUGUGGAUGAGAAGAAUCAGGUGUUAACAACAUACGUCUGGUACAGACAGUCAUGGAAAGAUGAGUUCCUGGUGUGGGAUUCACAGGACUUUGAUGGAGUCAAAAAAAUUUCCAUACCCACGGCUAAUGUUUGGGUUCCUGACAUCCUCAUCAAUGAGUUUGUAGACGUGGGGAAGUCUCCAGACAUUCCUUACGUUUAUGUCACAGAUGAUGGAGUUGUGCACAACUACAAGCCCAUCCAGGUUGUCACAGCUUGCACUCUCAAUAUCUAUAACUUCCCAUUUGAUGUACAGAAUUGCAGCCUGACCUUCCAAAGCUGGCUCCAUACCAUUGAUGACAUCAACAUCACCCUGAUGCGAGAGCCCGAGGAACUCAGUAAAGACAAGAGUGUCUUCAUGAACCAAGGAGAGUGGGAGUUACUUCAUGUACUAUCCAAAUAUAAGAACUUCAGUGUGGACAAAGAAGAGUAUUACGCUGAAAUGAAAUUUCAUGUGGUGAUCCGACGGCGACCAUUAUUCUACACCGUGAACCUGCUGCUGCCCAGCAUCUUCUUAAUGGUGAUGGACAUUGUGGGUUUCUAUCUGCCACCAGACAGUGGAGAGAGAGUUUCAUUCAAGAUCACUUUGCUGCUGGGCUACUCUGUCUUCCUCAUCAUUGUGUCUGACACUCUGCCUGCCACUGCCAUAGGAACCCCGCUAAUUGGUGUGUACUUUGUGGUUUGCAUGGCCCUCCUAGUAAUCAGCCUAACAGAAACUGUACUGAUUGUACGUCUGGUCCACAAACAAGACCUGCAGCCCCCUGUGCCCCAGUGGCUGAAGUAUCUGGUGUUGGAAAGAGCUCCAGUCCUUUUCUGCAUCCACAAAAAGCACCGGCUAUGUUCCAGACUUUCCUCUCAGUCCACUGACAUGGAGAACUACAAGGAAAACAACUAUGGAACUGAAGGCGGACUGCUUGGACUGCACCUGACUCCAGCUAAGGACAACGUCCCACCUCUCAUGGACAACAUUCUGCAAGAGGUGACAACGAUACGUCACUUCCUAGAGAAGAGGGACAAGUGCCGUGAAAUUGCCAAGGAGUGGCUCCAGGUUGGCUAUGUGCUCGACGUGCUGCUCUUCAGAGUCUACUUGGUGGCCGUGGUGGCCUACAGCAUCACCCUGGGCACACUGUGGUCUGUUUGGCAGGCCGCCUAAGUUAUAGCACUGUGCUGCUGUGGGCACAAGCUCGAAAGCAGGAAAUCGAGAAUGCCAGAGUUAGUCGGUCUGUGCCACAUGUAGCUCAUAGGAUACAUUAAGGCACUCACAUAGCAACUGGAUAUGAAACAAUACAAAUAGUCCCACACACAUGAAAAUGCAACUAUUAUCCAUCAUUAUGAGGGAUUACAAAAAAUGAGAAGCAAGAACAGAAGCACGUGACUGAGAUCUGCAAGACAAACAUGAAAAUACAGCAUAAAAUGCAGGUAAAUAUCGUAUAAAACCCAGACGAAUAUAGCAAAAGUGCUGUGACAAACCAGGAGAUACACAUAAAAAAAGUAAAAUUGGUCAAAGU